CCAUUUCUUGAUCCACCAAUGGCAGGUCCGAACGUGUGACACGUGUUCGUUUUCGCGCGAAACCAGUCUGUCUGUGUGCUUAGUCUGCAGAGGAUUCCAUUGUGUUGUGGUUACAGAGAAGAUCCGAGCUUCUUUACAAAUGGAUAAAGAGUUAUUUCGUAAGCUUGCUUCGAAGAUUGGGAUAACAGCUGUUAAAGUAUUGAGUCAAGCCGAGGAAUACAUGCGAUUAUCCCAAGUGAAAUGUGUUGGACUGGGUUCUGUUACAGCCACCAGCAAGGCCAUUAUUUGCCUUGAGUUGGCAGCGACUAACAUGAAAUCUCCUCUAGACAAGGAGUAUGCCAUCAAACUGUCUGGACUAAGUCCUAAGGUGUACUCCAGUAAUCUGAAGGCUAUGGAGUGCAUGCUGGGCCUGCAGUCAAACCUGGGUCUCAGAGAUCUUGCAGUGCAGUUUGGGUGUUUGGAAGCGGUUAAAGUGGCCUCUCAGAUCCUUCAGAGGUAUGAGACCAGUUUGCCUGCUGCUCAGCAACAAGACCUUGACCUGUCAAAGCCUCUCUUUACCACAGCAGCUCUAUAUGCAGCAUGCAAGUGCAUGAAAAUCAGAACUGACAGGAAAUUAGCCUCUUCAUCUGGAGCAAAGAAGGGCAUCUUUGACCGGCUGUGCACACAGUUUCAGAAAUUCGGACAGGAGAUCUGCAAUGAGGCUUCAUCUAUGGAGAAACCAGUCAAAACUGUUCAAAAGAGGCAGAAGACAAUCACUGGAAUGCUAGAAACAGAAGAAGAUGAUGAAAAGCUUUCAACAUCCCCUAAGCGAGAGCGGGUUGAGAAGACCGAGGAAGAAGAGACACAAAAUUAUGAAGAGUGGAAAAGAAAAAUUCUUGAAAAUGCAUUAAAACCAAAGGCAGUAGAUUCUUGAACUCUGUAAGGUUUUAUGUUUCAGAUUUAUUUCAUUAUGGUUCUGCAUAAUCUCAACAGGACCUUACUUUGAUUUGAAUUUAAUACUCUAUUACCAAGAGAAGUUGUCUGCCGCCUCCUGGCUCCGUGUGUAAAUUUGUUCCAUUUACAUAUGGACAUUUCCAGAGGAAUUGAGGCACUUUUUAUUAUCCUUUGUUUCAUUGGCAUUUCUUGGUGCAAAUAUGGUUACCAUUUUAUGACAGGUUUAAUAUUGUGCAAAGGUUUACUAAUUGUUGAGUUCCUUAUUUAGAUCAUGUGUUUUUAACAUGCAGGAUUUUAUCGUGGUUCAUUUAGUUUGUGUUAAUGUUUGAAUUGUGGUGUUUAAUCCAUCAUGACUGGGAUGAUUGUCUGGUGACAAUUUGUUGCUCACAGUGUUCUGUGGUAUUAUAUCUGUGAUAAAAUCUCACAGGAGGAGUAUAAUGCAUUCAAGAUCAUCUGGAUGGGUUUUAUGCAUUUGUUUUGACAAGAAACGGCUUAUCUGUUUCCAGUUUAGUUAAUUUUAUUAUGAAUAAAAUGCAUAUUUUUGACAAUUUAAUUCUCUCUUUUUUAAUGUUUUGAUUAAACACUCAUUCUCUACAGGCAAUUUGUGACCAUCUAUAUUAUGCUGAAAAUACCCAAUACAAUGAUUUCUAUAGAAGCACAUUCUGUGAACUAUGACAGAAAUGGCAAAACAGGACUGCCCUAUAAUUCGGUGCUAAUUUCUGUGUAUGCCAUGCCAAGCACAGAACCACAUUUGUGCAUUUAUUUGUGAAUAUGCUAUUACCAUAUGAAUGUUUAACACAAAUGCAAUAAAUUCUUAGAAAGCA